AUGGCUUUUAUCUUUCCAAAAUUAUUAAACCUUACCACAUUGGCUUUGGCUGUGUACUUAUACUUGUUCACCACUGUUGAUGCUGUUCCUGUUGACAACUCCAAACCUAAAAAGAAAAACAUUAUCUUCUUAGUAGGUGAUGGGUUUGGUCCAAGUGGUGUUACUUUGGCUCGUCACUAUAAACAGGUUAAGAAUAACUUGUCCCCAAGAGAUCUUUUAUUUAUGGACUCAUUCUUAAUUGGUACCCAAAGAACAUCAUCCAAUUCGUCUUUUAUUACCGAUUCUGCUGCUGCUGGUACCGCAUUGGCUACUGGUCAUAAAACCAUCAAUGGUCAAAUCUCAGUUGAUGUCAAUAAAAAACCAGUGGGUGCCAUUGGUGAAGCUCUUAAAUUAUUGGGUUAUACUGUUGGUCUUGUUGUUACCACUUCAGUUGGUGAUGCUACUCCAUGUGUUUGGGUCAGUCAUGCUGAGUCAAGAUCCGACCAAGAUCUUAUUGUUGAACAAAUGGUAGGUCAAACUCACCCAAUGGGCCCAGUUGCUGAUUUGAUUAUUGGUGGUGGUAGAGAUUGGUUUAUUGGUCUCGAUCAAGGUGGUAAGAGAAGAGACAACAGAAGUUUGAUUGAAGAAGUUCAAAAGAAUGGUACUUGGACCUAUGUUGGUGACAGAGCUGGCUUUGACAGUUUAGACAAGGGUAAGAACGUUUCUUUACCAUUAUUGGGUUUAUUUGCCAAAGACAACUACCCAUACAGAAUUGACCGUAAAGAUUCUGAAUAUCCUAACUUAGUUGAACAAACUCAAGUUGCCUUAAAUGCUUUAACCGAACACACCAAGGAUAACGAUAAGGGGUUCUUUUUGAUGGUUGAAAGUUCCAGAAUUGAUCAUUCAGGUCACGAAAACUGUGUUCAAGCCCAUGCUCAAGAAGCACUUGAAUACGAUCAAGUUAUCAAUUUGGUUCACAAUUAUACUAAAAAUGCCGACGUCGAUACCGUUGUUAUCGCCACUGCUGAUCACGAAACUGGUGGUCUUGUUCUUAACGAAAAAACACCAAAUGAUUUUAAGGUUGUUUUUAACGCUACCCAUUCUGGUGAAUAUUUAGCUAAACAAAUCUUGACUUAUAAAGAACAAGACAAAUUAGCUGAUUUUGUCAAAGGAACUGUCAUUGAACAAGGUUUGGGAUUGACCAACUACACUGACGAAGAAGUUACCAGACUCGUUAAUAUUGCUCAAAAGAACUCUACCACCACCGCCACCACUCUUGGUGUUGCUAUUGCCAACUUGACUUCCUCAAGAGCCAAAGCUUACUGGGGAUCUCAAGACCACACUUCAGUUGACGUUGAUUUAUACGCUUUUUCAAAUGCUGAUUAUCUUCAACAAAAAGUUACCAAUGUUAGAGAAGGGUUGGCUGGUUUCCACGAAAACACUGAUUUCAGUGUCUUUAUCAAGUCAAUUGAAGACAUUGAUUUAGAUAAAGUGACCGAAUUGGUUGCUAAUGUCAGAACCAAAUAUUAG